AUGUCUCUGGUUAACACAGUGGAGUCACCUCGGAGAGGAGAUUCAUCAGUCCAACAGCUUGGCAAUGCAGAGUGGAACACAACUUCUAUUCUGAGCUUUCGGCCGACUCAUAUUGACCACAACAAGCCUUUACAGUGCACUGUAACCCUCAAGGGGGGAAAAAGUCAGAAGAAAUCCAAGAUUCUUCAAGUAAAAUAUGCACCGUUGAAUGUGAACGUUGAGUACAAGGUCGACGUAAAGGAGGGAGAAACUGUGGAUCUCACUUGCUCCAGUGAGGCUCACCCUCCUGUCAGCCACUAUGAGUGGCACAAUGAAACUGGAGCAAAGAUCUCUCAGGGAAACCUCUACAUAGUGUCAAAUGUUUCUAGAACCAUUGGAGCAAUGUAUUGUGUCGCUAUGAACGACGAGGGAAAAAAUGUUUCACGGCCUGUCCAGCUCAAUGUUUUAUAUGCUCCUGAGAUAAAGACUGAGUCGUCAUGCUCAGCAGAAGGCAACUGGUGA